AUUUUUUUGAGCAGUGUAUAUGUGUAUAUAUAUAUAUACUAUAUACACACAUUAUUCCCUUUUUAUCUGUUUACAUACUCGUCUUUAUAGUAGACGUAAAAUUAAAAGUUCUGUUAAAUAACAGAAUGAGUCACAGUGUCUGAGCUCACCGUGUAGUUUAAUAACAUGGAUGAGCAUCUUAAUCGUCAGGUGAACUGCUUUUUGGUCAUUUUGACCCGUUUAUUUUUCCCCUCAGCAGCCAGUGAGGUCGACGUCAGCAGCCAGCUUCAGGAUCUCCGUCUGGUGGACUCCCAGGAGGAGGAAGAGGAGGAGGAGGUGCCCGUCCUCCGGGCGUUCUUCAUCAGCGUGGUGGACGAGUCGGAUCUGUGCGGAGAGGAAGACGACGACCUGCGGCACGCCCAGCGGCUGCUGAGGGAGUAUGAGAGGAGGGAGGGCGUGGCGGUGGGAGAGCUGGAGGACAGGGGAGGAGGAGGAGGAGGAGGGGAGGAGAAGUACGAGAAGACGAGAGCCAGACACGGAGACGCCAUCUUCUCCAGGUUCAUGAAGAAGAUCUCGCUCUGUCCUCAGCAGAUCCUGCGCUACUGUCGCGGUGGGAGGCCGCUCUUCAUCUCCGAGCCGCCGGCCGACGUGGCGACGACGACAUGCGGCAACUGUGGAGGAACCAGGACCUUCGAGCUGCAGCUGAUGCCGGCUCUGGUCAGUCUGCUGCGGAGGACGGACGGUGGUGGUGGUGGUGAGGCCGAGCUGGAGUUUGGGACGGUGCUGGUUUACACCUGUAGGAACAGCUGCUGGACAUCAGGAUCAGCUGUGGAGGAGUUCUGCUCUGUUCAGACGGACCCAGACCAGCAGCUCUUUAAAUGAUGACGGUGAAGAUGGUAGUUUCACUUCUGGUUCCUUUGAGGGGCCAAAGAGUCUCCACAGCGGCUGGAAGUCUUCGUGUGUUUGAAGACCUCAUCGUGCAGCAGUGAUGUCACUGUGUAGUCCAGUACACUGUGACAUCACUGCUGGGUGUGGUGGUUAAAGGAGCCGCAGAGAAACACUGAUAAAGUUACGCCUUAACGAGCAGAUCAAUACUGAAGCUGCUGCUACAGAUUCUCACUAUGAAUAGAAUCAUGACACAUGUGGUGUUUUAACCAAUAUUCAGAGAAAUAAUAAUCUUUAAAAACACAAACGGAUCAUUUUUUAAACAGCCUUUCUCGUGGAUUGUGUCCCCUUUAAAUGUUUGUUUUAUAACAGAAUAAAAACAGAUUAUUUAGUG